CGUACAACCCCGGAAAAUCUCGGCCAAGUGUAAAUUUGUGCUGUGACAAAGCAGGAGCUGAAGUGUAGAACGGAAUAUAAUGGCGUUUCUUUUUAGUUUAAGGCAGUGAAUUGCCCGUGUAGCGACCCACAGGGUAUGACUGUGUCACAAUAUUGUCGUUACAUUCCUUCCUUGUCAGUGUUGGGGACCUUGUAGACAGCGGUGUUCUGCCACUUCCUGGCUACGUUGCUAACUAGCUAGCGUAGCGGGCUAGUCUGGUGGGAGCUGCUGCUGUUUCUGUGUCCACCAUCCAUGGAUGUUGUGUUGCCACAAGUGCUUUAAUUCACUAGGUAGCGCAUGGCUGCUGAAGCUCUAUUGAGGCACAUUGUGAAGCUGAGAAAACGAGGCGCCUGCUGCUGUGUGAAGCUUCUCGCCACCACCACGUACCGUCGUCGUCGUCCAGACGUCCCUCUUCUCGCAAAAUUUUUGUUCAUGACUUCACUUUUCGAGUACGAUCAGGUGAAAGGGUUGAGACCCGAAGAGCCCCGUCAGCCUGUCAGACUAAGUGCGGAGACAGGGGAGAGCAGCACCUCCGGGCGUCUGGGGCCAUUGCCUGUCAAAGUAGGGGAGGCAUCACAACGUGAGACAACAAAAAUUAAAAGGAAGAUCCCCCAUGCUUGUGCUGUGAAGAUGGAGGAAGUGGCGAUGGACACAAACACAAAACAUGAAGAGCAUAUGAUAAUAUGCACGGGGAGUUUGGAUACGUCCGAUUCUCCCGUUUUGGAGAAUGCGGAGUCCGAGGUUUCGAGUAGUCCGGCUGUAACUCCACCUAUCAAAACAAAGUUGGCCAGUAAGAGAAGUUUCGUAGAUGAGCAGAAGCCCAGGAAGCUGAGCCUUGAGGACUUUCAGGAGAAGUCCACAGAGGCGUCUCAGGCAAGCUCCGGUGAAGGGCACGAAGCAGUGCAGGAUGUGGAAAUGGAGUGUCCCGAGAGCCCCACCUGCCCCCCGCUGUCCUCAAACACUGCUGAAGACCAGGAAACCAUGGAUUCGCAGCCCUCGUCCAAUACCAGAGCUGGCGGUCACGAACCCCUUCCGAAAAUCAGCAAAGAUGUCCAGGGUUCUGACGGGAAGCCGGUGGCUGGAACCGAAGUCAAGGACCCUGUUGAUCCUGGAAAGCAAGAAUCUGCAGGCCCUUCCUCAGCCGCACCCAGGGGACCUGCCAAGCGGGAUACCAAAAUCACAGAUUUCUUCUCAAGAGCUCAUCCGCAGCCACCUGCAAGUACGCCAGCUGCAGCUCAGGAGCGAGAUGGGAGGAAGGGCUCUGUCCAUACAAGCGCCAAAUGGCUCGGGACCCCCUUGGAGGAGCUGAAGAGAAUGCCGCAGUGCAGCCCACCGCUAUCACACCUAAGGGCGACAGACAACCACACUGUCAUGAUAAGGACGGACCUACUGAGAGAGGGAGAAGUUCUUGUUCCGUACCCCACCCGGUUUAAGGACACGUGGGAUGAGGCGAACGUGAAGAUGCCCUGUUCCGAGAAGAACCUUUUCCCGCUAGAGAACGAGGACGGAGGUGGGGUGCAGAGUCGAUGGGAAUUAAUUCAAAAAGCUUUGAAGACUGAGUUUAAAAGUGCUUAUGAUAUAAAGGGGGCGAUAUUAAAAUACAACAUGGCACAUACGAAGAGAUGGGACUUCAGCGCACUCAACGCCUUUUGCAAUAAGGCCCUGGAGCCUGAGGACGUCCAGCAUCUGUUUGGAUCCGUCUUGCCCAAGAUGGCAGAACUGGCCCUCAAAGUGGACAAGCUCUGCACCAAGCCGAUACCUCUACUUAAGCAGAAGAUGAAUCACUCCAUCACAAUGUCACAGGAACAAAUCGCCUGUCUGCUCGCCAACGCUUUCUUCUGUACGUUCCCCCGACGCAACUCCAGGAAGCAGGAGUACGCAAACUAUCCUGACAUCCACUUGUUCAGGUUGUUUGAAGGGUCUUCCCCAAAGAAGAUAGAGAAACUGAAAACGCUGUUUUGCUAUUUUAGAAGAGUUACUGAGAAACAGCCCACUGGGCUGGUGACAUUCACAAGGCAGAGUCUGACAAGAUUUCCGGAAUGGGAAAGCUCUGCAAAGCAACUGACAAAACUCCAUAUUACGUGUGAGGGCACCAUCGAGGACCAGGGUUAUGGCAUGCUUCAGGUGGACUUCGCUAACAGGAUGGUGGGUGGAGGGGUUACAGGCAACGGUCUGGUCCAGGAGGAAAUCCGCUUCAUGAUCAACCCUGAGCUCAUUGUGGCACGACUCUUCACUGAGGCCAUGGACAACAACGAGUGCCUGGUCGUCACAGGCACAGAGCAGUACAGCAAAUACACGGGAUAUGCAGAGAGCUACAGAUGGGCUGGAAACCACAAGGAUGAGAUACCAAGAGAUGAUUGGCAGAGAAAAUGCACCGAGAUUGUGGCUAUAGAUGCACUGAAAUUCAAGAACUUCCUCGAUCAGUUCCAGCCAGAGAAAAUAAACAGAGAACUGAACAAGGCCUACUGUGGCUUCGUGCGUCCCGGCGUCAGGAGCGACAAUCUCCCCGCUGUGGCCACGGGCAACUGGGGCUGCGGUGUGUUUCUGGGAGAUUCCAGAUUAAAAGCUCUUCUGCAGAUUCUGGUGGCUGCCGAAGUGGGACGAGACGUGGCCUAUUUCACCUUUGGAGACGCUGACCUCAUGAGAGAUGUUCACAAGAUGCAUUCCUUUCUCACAGAGAGGAAUGUCACCGUUGGGACGGUGUAUCGACUGUUGAUGCAGUACUACAGCACCGUGUGCGAGCCCUGCAGCAGCUCGCGGCCUGACGUCAGCCUGUAUGCUUUCAUCUACGAUUGCGUCUGCUCCUCUGCUGCAUCCCUCGACAGCGAUAGCGCUGCUGCCAGACCAGAUGUCCCAGCGGACUUCCGUUAAUGUCACAUAGCCACAAGACUUGCCCCCUCACUGUAUAUCAUGCUUUUGCUAUUUUUGCUAUUUUGCUAUUAGACUAUUGCCUUUUCUUUUAAAUUUAUUUUUAUAUGAUGCUGAAACGUUCAAUUACACCAUAUGCCUUUUUUCGUUUGAUGAAAAUCAUUUUUGGGUCACAGAACAACUUGUAGAAGAACAGAUGUGCUAAACAGUAGUAAGAUGCCUGUACCAACUUGUCUCGACAUUUGAGAAUUUACUGUCUUACUGGAAUGCUGUAAAUGCCCGUUAUUGAUUUAAAACAAAAAGGGGGGGGGUGCCUCUUUUUUUUUUUUUUUUUUUUUAAGGAGUUUAAGGGUUGCUGCAUCUGCUGUUUGUUUUCUACGUUUCAUUUUCACUUUCCCUAAUUCAGCUGUUACCAGGAGAAUAAUAUGUAGACAGAUGUAAUAUGCAUGGAAAGAAUCUUGAAUCACACUAAGCUGUCCCCUUAAGGAUUUUGUAAUGUCCCAAAGUGUUAGAAAUAUGCAUUGAUUUAGUUUUCCACUACUGUGGACGACCGGGGGAUGUUUGUUAAUGUUUAGUGUCUUUUUAUUUCAUUCACCAUCAUUGAUGUUUUCCGCAAGUCUCCUUUCUCCAGAUUCUGGUGGUGUGAUUUCAUUGGAUUUCUGAAACAUUCAAGAGUGCAGUAGGGGGGUAAACAGAGUUAUCGGUUUAAUUCAUCACCCUGGUUUUGCUUAAAUCCACAAGUGAACAAAUAGCUUUGUAAUGACAUUGCAAAGAAAUGGGCGUAAUACAAACGAUUCACUGCAGAUUGUUUCCCUGUAUGUUAGUUUUGUUUUGAAUUUACCUUGUUUAUCUUUUGUCUGUUUUGCAAUAAUUACAGGGAAAAUUGUUGAUAUUUAAUAUUUCGUUUUUUAUAUAUUAUACCCCGUAUCAUAUAAUUUAAUAAAUA